GAAUGGAAGGCUAGUAUUUAUCUUGAUUUUGCGUGAUGACAAAGGCUUUAUUUUUAUAAAUCACAUAAUAAUAUUUGUAGGGUUUAGAUUCGUCAAUCUCAAAAGAUUAUAUAGGGUUUAAUCUAAUCGCAGACAUUUCAGUUGGAUCGACUCUUCUCUCUAUUUUCGUCGACGUCAAUGGCGUUUAAUGGCAACGCCUUUGCGCCAUUAGAAGUUGACGACGUCGAAAAUCUACUAGCUCACGUUUCGACCGUCACCGUCAAAUCAGGUGUGCCGCCAUCCGCGGUGGAUAAACGGAACGAUAAGAAGGCGGCCUUCGCUUCAUCUCACUCUUCUUCAGUGCCUAAUGAAAAGUUGAGCAUUAACAAUAGGAAGGGCCAAAAUAACAGAAACAGAGUAAACGAGAGGAUAAACGACACACGACAAAACAGAAAUGGAGGCAAUGUGAACAACUGCGUCGGUAUCGAGAGGCAGAAUAGAGUCAAUCCAAAUAACAGUCGCAAGCCGGCGGCUUUCAGGUCUAACAACGGCUCGAAGAAAGCAACUAAUGGCAACUGUAGUGGCCACGAGGAAGUGAUUGAAGAAGAAGAAGGGUGGCAGAUUGUUAGGAGGUCUAGGUCUAAGGACUAUAAACAAAGUAAUGCCAAUCAAAGCCGACCUUCAACAGAUGUCAAUGUUGCUUGUAAGGAAGAAGAGGUUAAGGUGUCCGAUGAUAAGCAACAUCACGAAGAAAAUGGUGGUGAUGGGGAAAAGCUGAAUGGUGGUGUCCAAGUUGCAGAUGAAGCAAGGGUUGAAGGGGAUGAAGCUUUAGUUAAGCAAGAUAAGGUACUUGUGAAGAAGGAGGAGACUGAGAGAUUACAAUUGGAAGCAAAAAAAUCGGCUGAAUUGGAAGCAAAGAAAAAGGAAUUGGAAGCAAAGAAAAUGACACUGAAGCAGUAUGAAAAGCUUCUUGAGGAGAAGAGGAAGUUUAUGGAAUAUAUGAAAACUGAGGAGCGGAUAGUCGCACUUGACACAGACUUCAAUUCUAUGCAUGUGAUUGCGAAGAAGAAUGAAGAAGAAGAAACCAAGCUCAACCCUGCUUCUGACCAUCACAAGAAGAAAGCCGCAAACAAUAAAAACAACAAAAUUGUUCUUUCCCAACCACAUGCUGGAAGAUUUCCUAGACGAAAUGGAAAUGGCGUUUCCUCCGCUCGUCUAGAAGGUUCCGGAAGCGACCCCAAAGCUGUUAGUGUUCCGCCACCUUCGUUCAAAGAUGUUCAACAGUUUCCAGCUCUUGCACUCAAUGGAACUACCAAAGGAAAAUAAUUGUUUUCCUUUUUCUUUUUUCUUUUUUCUUUUUUUGCUUACUAAGAGAAAUUUUGUUAGCAUAUAUUGAUUUAGUUAAUUGUUUUGAGCGUUUAUCUAAAUGGUUUUUUUGGUGGUUAUUGAAUUGCUACAUACUUGUUGCACUUUUGGUGGUACGCUAUCUAUAUAUUAUACUAAAGCUACAUCUAUA